UAAUUGAUAAUUUUUUACUAAAAUCAUUAGAAUGGAGUCAACUGAAGUACCAGAAUUCAAGAUAGUUCUUGUAGGUGACGGAGCGACAGGCAAGACCACCUUUGUCAAGAGACAUAUAACAGGAGAGUUUGAAAAAGCCUACAAUGCUACUGUCGGCUGUGAAGUUCACCCAAUGCCAUUUUAUACCAGCGCUGGUGAGAUUAAGCUGAUGGUCUGGGACACAGCAGGGCAAGAGAAGCUUGGAUGCCUCAGAGAUGGCUACUAUAUCGGUGCUUCUGGAGGUAUCAUCAUGUUUGACGUAUGUGCCAGAAUUACAUACCAGAACGUAUCUAAGUGGCACAAGGAUUUAAUCAGAGUAUGCCCGGAAGCCCACCUUGUCUUAGUAGGAAACAAGGUUGAUGUCAAGGAGAGAAAAGUCAAGGCCAAGCAGAUUACUUUUCAUAGAAAGAAGAACAUCCAGUACUAUGAUAUCUCUGCUAAAUCAAAUUAUCAGUAUGAAAAGCCUUUCGUUUACUUAUUAAGAAAGAUGACGAAUAACCCAGAUUUGAUCUUGCAAGAGCAGCCAGCAAUAGCUCCACCAGAGCUAGAGAUGGACAGUGAGCACAUCAAGCAGCUCAAUGCUGAGCUACAAGAAGCCGAUGCCACUGAGUUCCCUGAUGAAGAUGACUAAAG